UUGACAUUAUGCAAUUGAACCCUGCUCACAAGAUGGCAACAGUCCAGAAGUGGUCCAAAACUGUUCAGCCAGCUCAAAUAAUAUGGAAAAUUGUUUUUUUAAAACCCGGGCAAAUAAAAUCAACUGGUGCCAAAAAGAAUUCAGUGUUGAGGGCCACCACUGAAAAGGUCCUCUCCUCCAUGGAUGCAUAAUGCCUCUGGUCCUAUAGAACAUUCUUACAAUUGCACUGUAGAAGGUUUAAAAGAGGAGCAGGGAAUCUCAGGCCCGGAGGUCAGAAGCAUCCCUGAAUGUCCUGUAACUGCUCCUUGGAGCUCUCCUUAGGCCACACCCCUUCCCUCCAGGCCACACCCCUCACCUAUCCUUGCUUCACACCUUGAGUGCUUUUGCCUGGCUGGAAUCCAUCCAUGCCUGUACUUUGAGAAUGCCUUUUGCUUGUCUGGAUGGAGGGCAGAAAGAGGAAUGUGAAAGUAUGGAGAAACUCACCUGUAUGAAAGAUUAAAAAAUAAUGAUGAUUUGUUGCCUUACCCACUUUUCUCUCUGGCCCCACCAAUCCCUGGCACAUGGCCCUCAGAAAGUUGCCCAGAAGGGAAAGCGGCUCCCAGACUAAAAAAAACUUCCAAUUUCCUGCUUUUAUGUAUUCAAUUGGGCUUUGUGGAUUGUAGUACUAUUUGCUUGCCUAGUUUUCACGUGGGACGGGCCAUGUUUGGCUCAUCAUAUUAAUGUAAUUAGCAGGGAAACUAAUUGUGCUAAUAGAGACAUAAUGGGGGGAGGGGCACACUAGUCCCCUAUUCCAACGCAGAGCAAGAAAACAGGCACCAUCUCUCUUAAACACAGAAUAUGUGGAACAGCACACACUGAAGCUUCUCUCCUGGUUUCAUUACUGCAGCAAGUGCCUUCUCGACAAAGAGCAAAUAAACUGAACCAGGAAGUCCAAACACAGCUUCCUUCUUUGGUACAAUAAAAAAGAGAAGUUGGCUGAUGAGAUGUAAAGUGAAACUUGGUACUUUUGGACAUUUUGAGAAAGCAGAAACGCAGCUGCCAUGAAGUUCUGGAGACUCUAAAAACCAUUGUCAGGGAAACAAUUUCUAGAUUAUUAACCAGCUCCGCAAUGGAGGAAGGCCAACCUUGCUUACAAGACCAUCACAAGGAAGUCCAAGGGGUUAUAGCCGAGUCUGCUGAUGACGCCCAUUCAGAUGAAGGAGAUGGCUAUGAAACCCUAACUUCAUUUCAGCCAACCCAGGAGCAGACAGAACCCACUGAUAUCUCAGGUGACGAAAGAGUCCAAAGUCCCAACUCUUCCAUGACAACUAAGGAACUCCAAGAAUACUGGCGGAAUGAGAAGCGCAAUUUCAGAGAAGUCAAGGUCCUUUUCGAAAUCCCGUCAGCCAGAAUUGUAGAGAAGCCCUUCUCUAAAUAUGUGACGUACCAGAUCCUCAUCAUCCAGACGGGCAGCUUCGACAGCAACAGAUCAGUAAUUGAGCGUCGGUAUUCAGAUUUCGAAAAGCUGCACAUGAAUCUUCUGAAGGAGUUUUAUGAUGAAAUGGAGGAUAUUGUAUUUCCCAAGAAGUGUAUGACAGGGAACUUCACAGACGAAAUCAUCAUCGAGAGGAAGUUAGCCUUCCAAGAUUACUUGCGGCUUCUGUAUUCCAUGGAAUACACCCGGACAUCUAGAAUAUUCAUUGACUUCUUAGUGAGACCGGAACUGGAGGAGGCCUAUAGUUGCCUCCGGGGAGGACAGUUUACCAAAGCUUUGGAGGUACUUCUGGAAGUUAUAGCUCUGCAAGAGAAACUUGUCAAGCAUCGGCCCACCCUAUUGGUCCCAACUCUCUGUGCCAUAGUCGUCUGUCACAAAGAUCUGGAAAAUUCCAGAGGUGCCUACGAAUUUGGAGAGAAAGCUUUGCUACGCCUUGAGAAGCAUCCUGGUCACAGGUACUACAUGCCCCUGCUGGAAACAAUGAUUUCCUUAGCAUACGAACUUGGCAAGGACUUUCUAUACUUCCAAGAGAAGAUGGAGGAAAGGAAGGCCAAAAAACGGCUAACUAAAAUGGUGUCCCUAAAAGAACUUGCAGUUCAAGAGUACAUAGACUGAGAGAAGCUGGGAAAGGUGCAGAAAAGGCGUAAAGACAAUAAUUAAGCAAUUGGCACACCUUCUAGAAGGAUGAAGGAUGAAAGCCUGUUUGGGACUUUUUUGCUUAGGCCAGAGGCAGGGAGCCUUCUUUCAGCCCAAGGGCCACAUUUCCUGAUGGGCAACUUUCUGGGAGCCAAACUUAUUUCAUUUAUUUAAUACAAUUUAUAUCCCGCUUGAUUGUAAAAAAAACCCACAACAACCUCAAAGCAGUUUGUAAAAAGAAAAAAAACUAUUAGAUUAUCAGUAGCAACAGUUAAAAACAACUUUUUAAGACAUUCAAAAAAUAAUAAAAAUCAGUAGAAAGCUAAAAACCAAAUUAAAGCACAUGUCAGCAUUCUGCAUUUCUAGAUAGGCUUAUGUAAACAUAAAUGUUUUUUAGCAGACACUGAGAAGAGUACAGUGAAGGGACCUGCCUAAUGUCAAUAGGCAAGGAGUUCCAAAGUGUGUGUGUUGCCACAAAAAAACACUGAUCUCUUACAGAUGUGGAACAGGUAUUAUGUGGCACCUGCAACAUGCCACUGGCAGGUGGGGCUAGAGGCAAAGGUGUGUGAUGAUAGAGGUGUGACUCUUACCUUUGUGCAGUAUAAGGCAGAGGUUUCUACAUAAAAUGUACCCACAUUAAAUAUAAUAUCCACAUACCCAUGUUUGCAUCUGCCUCCAUCCACCACCACCAUGUGGCCCCUAAAUGGUUGCCCGGGAGGGAAUGUGGCCCUUGGGCUGAUAAAGGUUUCCCAUCCCUAUUAUAUGUGAAUAGUAUUUGCUGCUUUCCUUUUCUAUGAAUUAUUAAUAAUUUUUUUGUAUUGUUUUGUAUUGCAAGGAAUCCUAUUAGAACCUCCCCUUAGAAGCUGGUUGGUUGGUUUUUAUUAAGCAGUUUAUACGUUUAUCUAAAUGAAUAAAUAACAUCCAUAUUGA